AUGGGAUUUUUGAGUGGUGUGCUUGGUGCGGUGAAAAACGAAAAUGAAGUGACAACUUAUGAUAAUUACAUUGAAAAACCUAAUAAAAAGCUUAAUGAGGUACUUGACACCUUAACUAAAAAUAUUGGCUCCGGGCGUGCUGGGCUUGCGGCGUCUGUCGCCGCGGUGAAGGAGUGGUUGGAGGGGUAUGAAAAUACCCUUUGGAGUACGACGCUGAAUGUUGAAACUGAUCUGUCUACGUUGCUAGAAGAUUUAUCAGGUAAGUAUAUUAGGGAAAUUAAUGACACGCAGGAUCUCCAAGAGCAACUGAAGGAGUGGACCCGGGCGACCGGCGAGAUAGAGAAGCACGUUAAUGAAACACUGCAACAUAAUAUUAAUGAUUUAGAUAUAGCAUUAAUGCAUAAAUUGAAUGCCGAAAUAAAACCGGUGCAGAAUGUAGCAGCGCACUUGAAAAGUGUUGCUGACAAUGUAGAUCUGACGAGGCAGCUGAAGGCUGUUGAAGGUGAGUUGAAAUGGCAGAAAGAACAUCUACAGCAGAAAAUUCGAGAAGGAAGCGAACAUAUGAAAGAAGUUCUACGACAGCAAUUCCACAACAUUCGUGAAUGUGUUCAGUCUUUGGAACACACGAAGUGCGUUUAUUUGGAGUGUAUCAAAACGAAGGUAGCAGAUGCCAAUAAGUUUUUGGAGGAACAACUGGGUGAUAUAAACGGAGCAACUCGAGAUGAAAUAUAUACGAAAUUCGAUGAAAUUAAGCGUACAAUCAGUGUAGCUUAUAAUAACCUAAACCGUACGAAGAAUGACCUUCAAAAUCACAUAAAUAAUGCUCAAACGGAGUUUGCUAAAAUUAAAGAAGGAGUCGGACAUCAGAAAAGCCCAAGUGAAAAUAAACAGGAUAGCAUUGAUUAUAAUUGGGAUUGGCUGAAAAAAUGUCUAGCAUUCCACGUUGAACGUAUCUAUCACAAGUCAGCAACCAAGGGUCAUCUAUACCAUAUCGAGAUGAAGGCAAAAGAGUACGCAAGGGAGCUCAGUAAGGAUGGAUUUAUAGCAAGGGCGCAACAGUGGGUGAAAGAUAUCUUGGACAAUAAGGGGAUGGUAUUUCAGUAUAUUAAUCUAUAUGUUAAAGAAAACAACGGAAAAUAUUUUCAACAACAGGCAGAGAAUAACAUUACACAAGAAGUAAUAAAGCACAUCACAAAUAUUGUCAACAAAAAAAUCGCAACUGUCAUUACUGGCGUUAAUCCCGUGGACAAAGCAGACGCUGCAGACAUCGCUUCAAAUUUUAGCAACGUUAGAAAUUGCUUUAAUUCUUUUGCCGAAGAACUGACCACUGGGUCAAAAUCUAUGGAGUUCAAAAGCUCUAAGAUAGUCCAGGAUAUUGAUGCGGAAUAUAAAACUGCUAACAUUCUGAAUAAAACGCAAGGGAAGAAACAUGAGACAAGCAAGCUCACAUCCGCCGUCAGAAAUCUCAUUAGCCAACUUGCCGCUAAAGCCACGGCGGCCGCCACCGAAAUUGUAUGGCUCGUUAAAGAGUACAGUGCCUCCAAACAACUUGCAGUGAAAUCCAGCAUCGCAGCAGAAAUAGAUGCGGCAAUAAAUCAGGUUAAAAACAUUAGCAAGGACAUUGAUACGGGCGAUACUGCAGAUAGUUACGGGAAGCGCAUUGAUAAGGCAUUGAUGAAAGUGAAAGAUAGAAUCAAUGAUCUUGCCGAACAUUUGGAGAAAAUCAGAUCAAUUGAUCUGAAGAUUCAAGAAAUUCAAGAAAAUGUUCUUAAUACACUGCAUAACAUGCAAAAAGAAAAAGACAAGGCAGGCACCGAUGGUGAUAUAAACGAGAAGCGUGAUGCGGCGGAUGGGCUAAUGAAGGAGUUGAAGAGCAAGCUUGUCUAUCAAUUGUAUUUAAUUGAAUCCGAAAUUGGCGUCUCCAACAACGCUCUUAACGUAUGUAUCACCGCCGUCAGAAAAGCAUUUUCGCAAGGAAAUUCCGCUGCCAUAAAAGCCGUCACUGAUUUUCAAAAGGCGACGCAUGAUACGACUGAAUAUGCUUUCAACUCUAUCACCGCCCAAGUCCGCGCCCUCUUCGCCGAGUCCCACCGCGCCGACCUCUCCGCCCUCCGCUCCCUCGUCGACCAGCAGCUGAAGGCGGUGCAAGACAUAAUCGCGGAGGACAGGGUGACGGGCGUGAAGGGGAUGCUGAAGAAAAUGUAUGGUAAAGACGGCGAAAAUAUUAAAAUCCUUGAGAAAGUUGCACCUGCUGCAAGCGUGCCGAAGCUCCCGACUCAGGACACCACUAAGAAACUAUCCGAUGCUUGCCCCGAUGUAGAGUUGUAUUUCCGUUCUCUAUUCGCAUAUUUUGCCAAAGAAACCGAACGCUUGUUUAAGCCUCUCGCCAAAGAGGAAAACAAGUAUCACAAGCAGCUUGAAGAAAUGUACCAUAAGCUGAAAGACUUUUUUGAUCACAUCGCGAAGAAGAAUUACGACUACAAAUUUGUCGAUUUGCUUAGUCAACUUGAUUUACUUGUUUCCGCCUUCCCCGCCGACACUCUACCAGACGCCCCUAAAUCUGUCCUCGCCCCCCUCAAGGCCGGCCUCUCCAACUUCGCGCAGCAACUCGGCCACGCGUACGUGAACAGGUACUCGGGGGGGAAAUUCGCUGGGUUGUUGGUUGAAACUAAGCAAAUUGAAGUUGAAAAGGAUGGAAUUAAAUCCAGGGAACCAAAAGAAGAAUUAACCCCUGAGGGCCGCAACUGCGCCAAGGUCUGCCUGACUAUCCUGGGAACCAUUUUUGAAGACUUACAAACGUUGAACAGAUUCACCGUAAAACAGUUGGCAGCCGAUUACAUAUAUAUGUAUAAAGUUGGCGAAGGCGGUAGGAACAAAUCUCUCAAUCCACUCGGCGACUACUUCCACCAGCGAGGCUACAAGGUGCCGGCCAACCAGAAUACCCAGGACGGUGAAUUGCGUCAGAACAAGCAUUGGAACGGUAAAUACAUCAACCAUAUGCUGCUUAACAGAAAGCUUGAGAAUAUCAGUAGUAUUGAGGAGCACCUGAAAGCCUGCGACUCAAACGAAGUGAAUCAGGGGACUCAACAGAAGAAAGACAACGGCUUCAACAUCUUCGACCUACUAAAAUGCAUCUACCACCACGUCGACAAGUACAAUGAAGUAUGCCACCUCGCUACCUUCAACGCUACCAGGUCACCGUGUUCCGUCUACGAGAUGCUGAUCUGGCUCAGCGGACUGACGCAUACUGGCGUGCAUCCAGCCAUGGUUGGAAAAACGUUUUUCGAGCUAUUAAAGGAUCCAGCUAAGGAAGCUAAAGAGGCGCAACAGGAGGAAGAAGUGGACGAACCGCAAAUCUCAUUGGUUGACCCAAACUCCAUAUCCCUCGACGCCUACCCAGCGAACAUACAAUACGGCAAGAUGCACAAGACGCUCACCCAUAUCUGCUCAAAGGCGUACGAUGUCAUCUGCAAAAUCGUCGGAACUGGCGACGAGUACACGACGUACGGGUGUGACUACUCCAACAAUUCGUUUAAGCUGAAGUAUCCCAGUGACCCUGCCGCUUGCUUCGACAUGUUGCUCGACAUCCUGCGCAGACUGUUGCCAGCACUCCGCUACAUCUUCCAGCGAUGCAACGUAACGGCUGAGCAUAACGGCUGGCGCAAUUGUGAGUACGGCAAGGAUGUGCCUACAGCCAAAUCGCAUUGUAGCAACAAAGCAACGAGCCAGGCAACGGGGCAACCAACGUGCGAAGCAAAGUGCCAACCAACUUCCCCUCUAAUGAGCUAUCUCAACGACUGUCUGCCUGGUCACUUACCGCAUAAUGUCAGCUCCAUAGGGUGCAGAUCGGUAUGCAGUAAUUGCCCCUCCGCCUCUAGGCUGGGAAUGCCUUGUCUGACGCCCAUGGGAUUCCGCGGUUUCUCCGGGUCAACGAAGACUGGCGCGGACCUAUGUGAGAUAAUUCGCGAAUUCUUCGGUAGUGGCCUGGUAGCAUCCUUGCUCGGCUUGUCACCAACUCCGCCGAAGACGCUGCCAGAGCAUUUCGGUUUUGUCACAUACUUAGUUAAGGGAAUGAUUGAUACCCAAGUGCCUACCACAAACCUCAUCACGCAGCGCAUGGAAUCAUCAAUCACAAAGCAAACUAUUAAGCUGUAUGAGCAACCAAACAAACUCACCGAAACGCUGCGUGACGUGUAUGCCAGUAGGCAUACUGCGGUUGUUGAUAAGCCUCAUCUUGCUGCUUUUGCUGAUUUGUCCAGUUUGUCUAUACCAACGCCAUGUGGAGCUCCAGAUGUCCAGUGCGCUCCAUAUCUAUCAUCCCUCUUCUGCGACGGCUAUAGUUACCUUGCUCAUAAGCACGCCGCCACGUACCUUACAUGGGCUGUGUACCUGCCGUGGGAUUUCUGGACUCAACUCAACAAUUUGUGUAACGCGUUCAAGAAUAUUUUCUGCCAAGACUGGGGAUGUCAUACGUGUCUGCGUGCUGAGAAAUGUAAGCGUGGACAGCAUGGGCUGGUUGAGAAAGUUGAGAAUCAACCUGACAAGCCUCAUUGCAAGUGUCCAUCGAUGGUUCAGUGCAAGGGUGUAUCCGCAACACUGUACCAGUUCGGUUUCUGUUUUGGUAACGCGGCGACAUUGAAUGAGAAGGCAUCGCCUAAAUCAUGUUCUGAUUUCUGCUCUCAGCUGGACAGGGUGUUGAAAUCGGAAUAUUUCAAAAAGCUAUUCACGGAAUGUGACAACUUCAUUUGGACCAUUAGAGAACCGUUCACUUACAUGGUCCUGGCACUCUGGUCACUGUCCCUCUUCUACCUCAUUUGCGUAAUGGUUGGCAGACUGGAUGUGCUCCACAUACGCUCACACCUGAGGAUACCGUCAUCGCACAGGAUAACGGCGCAGUCAUUGUUGGCUGCAGCGCAAGUCGGAAGGCUUGCCAAGAUAUCGUACCUGCAACCGUAA